AUGCUUACCAUUUACAAGAAAGCAAACCGUCAUUUGUUAGAUGAUGGAAGAUUGGAUCAUCACGGUAUUCAAGGUGGUCAGAUGACUCCAAUUUAUGGUGCUUCUGGAGCAUUACGUGGAGCUUCUAACAGCAACUCUCCUGCAAAUCUACACGGACAACCAUCCACACUUCUUGUCGUGCCACAGCCAAUUAAUGCCACCAAAAUCUCGUCGGGUCUGACCAAUGGCAAUGGCAGAAAGUAUCAAUGUAAAAUGUGUCCGCAGGGAAAGAUGAUGGAAGCAAGGAUUAUUGAAUACCCGCGAUCAAGUGGCUUGGAAUAUCAUCACAAUUCACCUCUUAUCGAUUUUCACCUCCAAAGCGGACCUUCAGUUGCAUACACAAGCUCACAUGCAACACAUACUGGCGAUAAACCAUACAAAUGCCGCAAUCCUGGAUGUGUCAAAGCAUUCUCGCAAUUAUCAAACCUUCAAUCGCAUUCCCGAAGUCAUCAGACAGACAAACCAUACAAAUGUAAUUCGUGUUAUAAAUGUUUUGCUGACGAACCUUCACUUUUGGAGCACAUUCCAAAGCACAAGGAAUCGAAGCAUCUUAAGACGCAUAUAUGUCAAUAUUGUGGCAAGUCUUACACACAAGAGACUUAUCUUCAGAAGCAUAUGCAGAAACAUGCUGAACGUACUGACAAACGUCCACCAAUAACUGGAGGGAGAGGUGGACAUGGAAACGCAAACAACCAAGGUGCUGGUGGCAACAGCAAUAACAACAACAACAGCAAUGCAAACAACGACAUAACGAUGAACAAUUCAGUUCCUGGUAUGGCAAAUCAAGAACAUCCUUAUUGGCCAAAAGUCAGCCCAGAUUCUGCUGCAAGCAUUACAAACGAUUCCCAUCAUCAGCUUCAUCAACACCAGCAGCAUCACGACUUCCAAUUGGUGAAUGGUCAUGACAUGCAAUCUCAUCAACGUGAAGAGAAUAUUGAAGAUUUACGACAAAAUGGACACAUAAGUGCUCAAUCGUUGUCACUGCCACCUGCUUCCACUCCCAGCGGUUACGAUGUUCAAUCAAAAUUGACAUCUAAUUCGGCAUUUACUCCUAUUAAUUCAAUGCCACCGCAUAUAAACAUCCAACAUCAUCAGUUGUCGCAGAGACCAUCGUACAUCUAUGACGCUAUUAGCUUCCAAAAUAAAAACGUCGCUCAAAACACGGGCAAUGGUUUUCCUAAUCAACUAAUAUCACUUCAUCAGAUACGAAACUACGCUCAUCAACCGAGUGGGCUGAUGGCUGGUGAACACAUACUUGGUGUGAGUGUUGGAAAGGAUAAAGGUUAA